UGAGAUAGUAUGAGAAAGCUUUUUUCUGAUUAAUCAAAAUCGACGCCAACUAGUAACGCGUGUCAUCAUAACAUUGGUGGAGUAGGAUUUGAGUCUGUAUUAUAAAAAGCUACACUUCUCACCACCACCCAUCUCUCUCUCUCUUGAAGUAGACUCUAAGCUAGAGCCACCGUCAGAUUUCAGAUCUCAGAUCUCAGCUCUUCAUACCAACAGCCAUGACCGAGAAGGGCAAGGAAAAGGUUACUAUGAUGAAGUUGAAGGUGGAUCUUGAUUGUGCCAAGUGUUACAAGAAAGUCAAGAAGGUUCUAUGCAAAUUCCCUCAAAUAAGAGACCAGUUGUUCGAUGAAAAGGCCAACAUUGUCAUCAUCAAGGUGGUUUGCUGUAGUCCUGAGAGGAUCAUGGACAAACUAUGUUCCAAAGGCGGCGGCUCCAUAAAGACCAUCGAGAUCGUCGAGCCACCCAAGCCUCCUCAGCCACAGCCACAACCAGCUCCUCAAAAGCCUAAAGAUCCUGAGAAGCCUAAAGCUCCAGAGAAGCCCAAGGAACCUGAGAAGCCUAAGCAGCCUGAAAAGCCUAAAGAACCCGAGAAGCCUAAGCAACCCGAGAAGCCUAAAGAACCCCCGCUCCUGCCCCGAAGCAGCAGCCGGGACCACCACCACAGGUGAUCCCAAUGAUGCCGCAAGGGCAGCCAGCAAUGUGUUGUGGACCAACAUACUAUGAUGGUUACGGAGGACCAGCGUUCAACGGAUAUGGAAUGCCGCCGCCGCAGCCAUACGAGUGCUAUGGACGACCAGUCUACGAUAGCUGGGGUGGGGGCUGCCCACCACCACCUGCCUACCGAACAUGCCACGUCACCAGAUGUGAUUACUUCAGCGAAGAGAAUCCACAGAGCUGCUCCAUCAUGUGAUUUGACUUCUUUUCAUUACCUUUUAAAAGAUCCUUUUAUUUUACUUCAAUCUUUUUCUUUUUUAUACAAGUAAUAAAAUAUAUAGAGAGACAUUUACGUGUAAUGUUGUGAUUAUGAGAACCAAUAAGGAAGGAAGAAGGGUCGUUGUAUUUUGUAAUUUGGUAGCCAUUUCCAAUAUUUGGUUGUCCCAUUCGAAAGAUGUGUAAAACAACUGUAAACAUUAAAGCAAAUUUGUUUUAUUAUCUUCUUUAUA